UGCCUGCCUGCCUGCCUGCCUGCCUGCCUGCCUGCCUGCCUGCCUGCCUGUCUGCCUGUCUGCCUGCCUGCCUGCCUGCCUGCCUGGUAUAGACCCCGUUCACACCUUGGACUCUAUUAAAUCUGUAAUCUGUAUUGCUGAAGGUAGUGCGACCUAAAUGAAAGGUAAUUUCCCACUGAGCCGACAGGCGUUGCCCGUGAAUGGAGUCUCUGCUGACACGGGGAACAUUGCCUUUACAUUUCAAUCACGCUGAACUUCAGCCAUACAGAUCGAACCCGGACCUUUAGGUUGCACAACUGAUGUACAACGCGUUUCACACAACGGUCGCGAUACAAUUUAUAUAUUUUUUUCUAAUACGUCAUGCUGAAAAAUCCUCUGUUGUAUCGCAACCGUUGUACCAAAUGUGUUGUACGACUCGAGUGUGGGGUCAUAUAGAGGAGAGGAAGGUUGUUAGCGUUAGCUAUUAUAAGUGGUUAUAAGCUCUAGCUGUUGGAAGAGGUUAUAAGCUCUAGCUGUUGGAAGAGGUUAUAAGCUCUAGCUGUUGGAAGAGGUUAUAAGCUCUAGCUGUUGGAAGAGGUUAUAAGCUCUAGCUGUUGGAAGAGGUUAUAAGCUCUAGCUGUUGGAAGAGGUUAUAAGCUCUAGCUGUUGGAAGAGGUUAUAAGCUCUAGCUGUUGGAAGAGGUUAUAAGCUCUAGCUGUUGGAGGAGGUUAUAAGCUCUAGCUGUUGGAAGAGGUUAUAAGCUCUAGCUGUUGGAAGAGGUUAUAAGCUCUAGCUGUUGGAAGAGGUUAUAAGCUCUAGCUGUUGGAAGAGGUUAUAAGCUCUAGCUGUUGGAAGAGGUUAUAAGCUCUAGCUGUUGGAGGAGGUUAUAAGCUCUAGCUGUUGGAAGAGGUUAUAAGCUCUAGCUGUUGGAAGAGGUUAUAAGCUCUAGCUGUUGGAAGAGAGGUUAUAAGCUCUAGCUGUUGGAAGAGGUUAUAAGCGCUAGCUCAUCACAUACAGCAGUAUACAGUGUAUGGCCAGGAGGGUUUAUAAAGCCUAAUUCAUACCGUACACAAAAACACAACGCAAGAACACAAUUAGUUACUCAAAAUCGCGAUCCUGCGUAGUUGCGUUGAGUUACAAACUCCGGAGCUGCGCACGUUUGCGUAUUUCUGCUAUGCAAAUACACAGAACAGCCAUUUUGCAAAUAUGACGGCAUUAUUGUGUAUGGUCCACAUCAGACUCAACGCAGAGACAUGUGACUGGUCCAAAGGAAGAAGAACCAGGUAGCAUGCUAGCAGAUACCAAUAGACUUCCAGGCAUUGCGCUAACGCUAGUUAGCAUCGGCUCACGAAACUACCUCUUAAUUUCCUUCAUACUGGACACAGAGACAUUAAAAUGGUGUCCAUGAGUUCAUCUGACUCUGGGGAUGUAGAAAAAGGGCCUCAUUGCCAAAAUCCCCAAGUAUCCCUUUAAUAAUAAUAAUAUAAAUCAAAACAAACAUGGUAAUGACAAGCAACUAAUUGUCUGCAAUAGCACCCUGUUCCUAAUAAAGUGCACUACUGCUACUUUAGUGCUCUAUUGUGGUCCAAAAUAGUGCGCUAUAUAAGGGAACAGGGUGGCAUUCGGGGACGAAUUAAUUGUUUCUUAACUGGUUUUCAGACGAGGUGGUUUUUCUUACUGUUCUGGUGUUUUCAACAUCUAUCUAUCAUGUCCUAUUGCUCGUCUGUUCAAGACCUCUCCUUUAUGGCACUAUGUUUUCAGAGAACAAUUCUGGACAUCAAUACAGAAUACAGCUAUAGAAUUCUAGUCAUCAAUACAGAAUACAGCUAUAGAAUUCUAGACAUCAAUACAGAAUACAGCUAUAGAAUUCGAGUCAUCAAUACAGAAUACAGCUAUAGAAUUCUAGACAUCAAUACAGAAUACAGCUAUAGAAUUCUAGUCAUCAAUACAGAAUACAGCUAUAGAAUUCUAGUCAUCAAUACAGAAUACAGCUAUAGAAUUCUAGUCAUCAAUACAGAAUACAGCUAUAGAAUUCUAGACAUCAAUACAGAAUACAGCUAUAGAAUUCUAGACAUCAAUACAGAAUACAGCUAUAGAAUUCUAGACAUCAAUACAGAAUACAGCUAUAGAAUUCUAGACAUCAAUACAGAAUACAGCUAUAGAAUUCUAGUCAUCAAUACAGAAUACAGCUAUAGAAUUCUAGUCAUCAAUACAGAAUACAGCUAUAGAAUUCUAGACAUCAAUACAGAAUACAGCUAUAGAAUUCUAGACAUCAAUACAGAAUACAGCUAUAGAAUUCUAGACAUCAAUACAGAAUACAGCUAUAGAAUUCUAGUCAUCAAUACAGAAUACAGCUAUAGAAUUCUAGUCAUCAAUACAGAAUACAGCUAUAGAAUUCUAGUCAUCAAUACAGAAUACAGCUAUAGAAUUCUAGACAUCAAUACAGAAUACAGCUAUAGAAUUCUAGUCAUCAAUACAGAAUACAGCUAUAGAAUUCUAGUCAUCAAUACAGAAUACAGCUAUAGAAUUCUAGUCAUCAAUACAGAAUACUGCUAUAGAAUUCUAGACAUCAAUACAGAAUACAGCUAUAGAAUUCUAGACAUCAAUACAGAAUACAGCUAUAGAAUUCUAGUCAUCAAUACAGAAUACAGCUAUAGAAUUCUAGACAUCAAUACAGAAUACAGCUAUAGAAUUCUAGACAUCAAUAUAGAAUACAGCUAUAGAAUUCUAGACAUCAAUACAGAAUACAGCUAUAGAAUUCUAGACAUCAAUACAGAAUACAGCUAUAGAAUUCUAGACAUCAAUACAGAAUACAGCUAUAGAAUUCUAGACAUCAAUAUAGAAUACAGCUAUAGAAUUCUAGUCAUCAAUACAGAAUACAGCUAUAGAAUUCUAGACAUCAAUACAGAAUACAGCUAUAGAAUUCUAGACAUCAAUAUAGAAUACAGCUAUAGAAUUCUAGACAUCAAUACAGAAUACAGCUAUAGAAUUCUAGACAUCAAUACAGAAUACAGCUAUAGAAUUCUAGACAUCAAUAUAGAAUACAGCUAUAGAAUUCUAGACAUCAAUACAGAAUACAGCUAUAGAAUUCUAGACAUCAAUAUAGAAUACAGCUAUAGCUCUGACUGCUCUCCUUAUUUGUUGGGCUAAGUUGCCCCUAAACACUGAUCUUGGGAAGUUUUGCUAGCCUGGGUCCCACAUCUCCCAUGUUAUCUUGCCAAUGUAACAGAGUGAGCUUCCUAUCCUAACACCCAGCAGUGUGAGGAAGGAAGCUAUACUGUUAAGCAAGCCCAGUGAAACCUGUUACACCUACUCCAUGGCUAACUCUCAUUGUCAAGCCAUUUGUGUGGGAUGGCAAUUCCGUAAUGAGUUGGCAAGAGAGCACAAACAGACUGGCACCCAGGCUAAUACUUAGUAUUAUCACCUAGCCUGGGCAUCAGUCUGGUUGUGCUAACAUUCCACACCUUGUAGCGUGUUGUCAUAUGGCAAGGAGUGGUAUGAUGGCACAAACUGAUGUGGGACCAGGCUUACCAAAACACUUAAGAAGUGGGUGACAACCUACACACCUAUAUCUUAGCAUGUUUUGCAUCUGUCACAGAUCGUUAAUCCCUUACAUUGAAAUGUCUUUUCUUCAGGGAUUUCUUUUUUUAUUUUUAUUUUUUGAUAGUUUGCUCUAUGCUAUCGGUCUAGUCAUGUGGCUUUUCUCAAUAUAUUAAGCUGAUAUGCAAAGUUGUUUCUCCUAAAUAUAACAUAGCAUUUUUUUUUUUUUAGAUGAUGAUGGUGGGUAUUUUACAUCCUUGAAAGGACUUUAAUACUAAGGAGUUUGAACCCAGUCACAACAAUAAGGAAAUAUGAGGCUCCAGUCAGAAGUAGUGUAAUAUAUAUAUAGGGAAUAGGGGAAGAUUUGGGACGCACAUUAGGGUUACACCCUUAGGGUUGAAAUGUAUUUAAGUACUUUUUUUAUUUGUAUUUUAUUAAGAGAAAAUCCUUGAUUUCAAGCUGCUUCAUGUGUUUGUGUCUUUGUAACGAUGAAAGAUAAAACCUUGCAUUUUUCUCUGUAUAUUUGACGGAAUACAGGAACAAUGUAACUUGAGUUUGCAUCCAAAAUAACAACCUAUUCCCUAUGUAGUGCCCUACUUAUGACCGGCUCUGGUCUAAAGUAGGGCACUAAUUAUAGAGAAUAGGGUGCCGUUUGGAACACAGAGAGAAAGUGACCGAUCAUCAUCUUUACCUCGGCUGAGGGAAUUUUCAGGGAUUGUUUUUGACAAUGCAUCUUCAUACCCGUUCAAUACCUGUUUAAUACCCGUUCAAUACCUGUUUAAUACUCGUUCAAUACCUGUUUAAUACUCGUUCUAUACCUGUUUAACGUCUGCAUACAUGUAGAACACGAUGCCAUCUAUCUACGACGUGUAGAAAACUGUCAACAGGGCUUAUGAUACGUCCUGCUGUUGAAGGAUGUUGACCCUAUGUAUUGUAUAGUUAAAUGGAAACAUGUUUAUACGGCAAAUAAAUAUUGAAUAAUGAUUUUCUUUAA